AGGGGCGGUAGAAUUGGCUGUGGCAGUUUUGAACGGUUUCGAGUAGUUUUGAGUUUGUUUGCCGGUUUCAAGACAUUUGAGACAAAAUAUAAAUUAUUCGAAAUGCUGAAAGGACUAAUAUCGGAUACAAGUUCGACCAUAACUGUUGAAAUAGAGAAAAGUCUGUUGGUAGUUGUACUCGAUGUCAACCCUAUGCAAAGAAUCGUUAAACAAGAAACUAAAGUGUUAACGCAGUGCCUGGACUCUAUAAUAGUAUUCGCUAAUGCACAUCUGAUGCAGAAGUCAAAUAAUGAACUUGCCAUAAUGACAUGCGAUGCUUAUGGGUCUAAGUUUUUGUACCCUGACGAUAGACUAACCGAGGUUCGACAAGUCGAUGGUCAAUAUGAAAAAUUUACCCUGGUUGAACGCACUGUGAGACAGCGACUUCAACAGGCAAUUAAUGAAAUGCCUACCGAUAAGCCACAAUAUGUGGAGAGUUUAAUCUCUGGGGCACUCGCUAUUGGACUAUGUUACAUCUCAAGAAUGGAACAGGAAAAGGGCCCGGGUGAAAAGUUAAAUUCAAGGAUACUGGUAGUGACUGCCAGUAACGACUCGGCAUCGCAAUACAUGAACUAUAUGAAUAUAUUUUUCACUGCUCAAAAGAUGGGUAUUAUACUGGAUGUGUGCAGUCUCGAUCACGAGUUAACGUUGUUGGAACAAGGUUGUGACAUAACGGGUGGAAAUUAUUUGAAAAUUCCACAGGUUGCUGGUUUAUUACAAUAUUUAUUGUGGGUGUUUCUACCAGAUCCUAACAUACGAUCGAAGCUCGUUCUGCCACCACCGGUUAAAGUCGACUACAGGGCUGCUUGUUUUUGUCAUCAGGAGUUGAUCGACAUUGGCUACGUGUGCUCCGUGUGCCUCUCUGUUUUUUGCAAGUUCAGCCCAAUUUGCACAACUUGCCACACGGUAUUCAAGACCCCGGGACCGAUACCGAUGAAGAAGAAGAAGAAGAAGAACAUGGAUCUGGUGCACUGAAGCUGAAGUGACGAUAAAAAUAUUCAUAAGGUUGUACAUUUUAUUAUACGGAGUGAGGCUAAUUCAUAGGAGGAAUGUAAAUAGAUCGCUAUUCCAAAACGUUGCAAAACGGAGACAACAUCGUAUCUCGUAGAUAUCGCUGCACCCAAAGCGAGGGUCGCAGGACGGAGGCACAGGUUGCGAGUAAUUAAUUAACGCGGAGCCGGCUAAUAAAAGGAGUUGGCCCGGGUUGCCGCGGGACUUUAGCGGGGAAUAACGAAGGCUCUUUUCCGACUGGCCCUCGUCGUCGUCUGCAGCACCCUCGACCCUUGGCGAUAUCGGGAUUUAAAUGCCCGGAAAUGGGAUUCCGCUCGACCUCCUUGCAUCCCCGCUUGGACGGAAACCCCUCGGAGCCACUUAAGACUCUCGGCAUUCGCGAAUGAGCCGGUUAAUUAGCCGACUGCUCGAAUCAUUUAUAUAUUUCCCCUCUUGGGGGACCGAGAGAAGACUCUUCCUCGAGGAUGACGGUGACCCGCCACAUCUCGUUAUUCCGAGGAGGCGCUCUUCGCUGACGUCACCGCAUCCCAGGAUACGACUUGCUAAAAGAAGAGUUCACUGGGUUGACGGUGUCGAAAGUCCGCAGGAGAAUAGAUUAAGGCGGUAACGACGUCAGGAACGACUAUAGUGGGACUUGGAAAAGACCUCUCUCGAGAAGAAGAAGGAGAUCGGUUCGAACUCAGCCAUUUUGCCUUGCGAGAGCGACGUCUCGGAAGAAACGAAAGGAGCUGACGACAAGACUGGACAAUUUGUUAAUAUUCUUUUAAAGAAGCUCAAAAAUGUAUGUACUUGCGGUACCUAAGGUAUAAUAAACUGUAAAAUAAUUAAUGUAA